AUCUAGUGUUUUUAUUUUCAGGUUAUUUGGUAAUUGAAGUUUCAAGUUCUGGUUAACAGGAUGGCUACAUUUGAAGAAAAUGAUGUUAAGAUCAUAGUGGGAGCUUUUGGAGAUCUAGAAGGUCGAGAACUUAGGAAGAGGGAAGAACAAGGAAGAAGAUCUUACUUAAAAGAAGACGACUCCAAGAGAAAGUCAAAAUGGGGAAUAGGAUGCCUUAAAGAGAUUGGGCUAGGAUUGAUUGGAUUUGGUGUAAUUUUUACUCUGGUCGGACUGUUUCUCUUCUAUGACAGGAGUUUUCGUUGCCAUUGGGAAUAUCCUCUUUCUGUCUGGAGUGACCUUAACCACUGGAGUGAUGUCUACUCUGCAAUUUUUCAUGAAACGGCAAAAUUUUAAGGGUUCUGCCUCCUUUGCUGUUGGUUUCUUCCUCAUUAUGAUUGGAUGGCCUGUGCUAGGCAUGAUUGAGAGAUCUAUGGUCUUUUUGUGUUGUUCAG